AUGCCCUUGUCGAGGUGGCGGAGGGAGCAAGCGAAGAGGGUACCUGAAUCCGAGCAGCUGGACCAGUUGGUGGGAUCCCUGGCGGAGGCGAUCAAGGCCGUGGCGAGCUUCACCCGCGUAGCGGGGGUGCCCGACUACCGGGAAGAAUGGGACCAGAAUAGCAUAUACGAGAGCAUGGGCAAAGGCUGGCGGCACAACAAUGUGUGCAAGAGGCUGCUGGAGGUGGCCCUGUGCGCGUCGGGCCGGCUCGGGGUCGUGGCGUACCCGAACAAGCCUCCGAUGACCAUCGACGAGGUUUUCGGACACUUCAUCGCCACCGUGAACCCUCUCGUCGGAGCCGGAGGUCUUGACGCCAACGUGCCGACCGGGACGGUGAUCGGUCUGUUCGAGGAGCCCGACGACGAAGGGUGCAUCGUCGACUACAGCAUCGACGAUGCUAGUCUGCAGGAGGAGCUGUGCUUGCUGAGGACGCUGCAGCCGGGGAAGAACCUCAUUGGGGCCGGUUAUGCCAUAUACAGCGGGAGCUGCGAGCUGGUGCUGGCGGUGAAGGGGCAAGGGGUGCACGGCUUCACGCUAGACUCCUCCGUCGGAGAGUUCAUCCUCACCAAGCCCUACAUGAGGAUACCGUCGCGUGGCAGCGGUUACUCCCUGGAUGAGAGCCGGAGAGACACCUGGCCGAAGGCGCUCCAGGAGCACAUCGACAAACUGCGGAGCGGCGAGGGGGAGUCGGGGAAGAAGUUCGGGUACCGCCUCGUCGGCUCGGCCGUGGCAGACGUGCACCGUACUCUGGUGCAAGGAGGCAUUUGGGGCCGGCCAGACACUGACGAGGGCAGCGACCAGUACGGCGGCGACCGCACGGGGGGCCUCACCGUCCUCGGGGAGUCGUCGCCCCUGGCGUUCAUAGUGGAGGAGGCGGGAGGGAGGGCCGUCGAUGGGCACGGGGAGAGGGUGCUCGACAUCUACCCGGAGACGCUGCGCCAGAAGACCGGGCUGUUCCUCGGCGGGGAGGAGGACAUACUGGAGCUGGAGCGAGCCCUGGAAGCCGGCAGCCGCGCGGAACGCGAAGCGGCGGAGGCGGAGGCGGCGGAGGCGGAGGCGGAGGCGGCGGAGGAGAAGGCGAAGGCCGAGGCCGCGGCGGCAGAAAAGGAGAAGGAGGAGGAAGAGGAAGAGGAGGAGGAGGAGGAGAAGGAGGAAGAGGAAAUAGAGCCGGAGGCGGUGGCCGAGGCAGUGGCGGUGGCAGAGGCGCCGGUAGACGCAGAGGCGUCGAUGGAAGAGGGGGCGUCGCCGGGGGUUGUUGAGGAUGAAGGGGGCGAACCAGCCCUGGGAGGCGAAGACGACGACCAUGAGCCGGUGGUGGUCGCGCAGAAGGAUGGCGGGACAGAGGAGAACGAAGAGGUGGCGGCAUAGCAUGCUUGCGACCGGAGCGCACGACGCGGCUUUCCGUCCAAAGCAGCUAGGGUGAAGCGGGCGCGUGGGUGCGGGUUUGUGCGUAUGGGUCAAGAGCGGGCGGCAUGCUCUCUCGGGGACCCGGAAUCGGCUGCACGCCUGGAUAUUUCGCAGCACUGCGGAGUUGAAGAGGACAUCGGAUUGCGCCAGGAAAAAAAAAAGAGGGAGAGGGGCGACAGCUCCACGUAAGCCAACGCACAUUGUAUGUAUCCCGGAAGGAGGAACAAUGCUACGGUUUCGGUGUCAUCAAUGCUUUAGAUUGUAUGGACGAGGGUGUCUUCCUCUUGCGACCCGUCUCACGACCUAUGGGCUGGUGUGGCAUAGGCACACGAGUUGCGGACGGGUGGAAAGAAAAGUGUCUGUCAUGAUGAUCAAGCGACGUGGCGUUGCUCAAUUGUUGAUACAUACAUACAUGCAUAGAGGCCGUUAGUGGCCUCUUGGUUUUCGAACGGUGUGGUUAGGUUAGCCCUUUCAAGUAUCGAUCGGUGCGCGCGCGCGUGUGUUUAGGCGAAAGGAAAAGUCGCAGAAUGCGCCAGUUGUUGCCCCCCCCCACCCCCCUCCCCCGUGAUACUCGACUUGUUGUUUCGACGGUCGCCAAGAUCAUUCACUGAGAAACAUUACUGAUGCCAAGCGCACAAUAAACAUAUUUCUUUGCCGACGAUAUCGGCGUCGAGCGUUAACGCGAGGGUUGUUGUUGGUUGAGCUGUUGGUUGCGCGGAAACCGCUGACAUUGUGCUGUGCCUUGAUUCAAGGUUGGAAACCGUUUAUGAGCAACCUUGCGAGUUGGCUUUGGUGUCCCCAUCUUUACGGCUGUGCCGGUGUUGGGAUCGUUGGAAAAUUCUAAUACCGGAGAAUUUUCUAGGAGCAAAGAAGGCCGUUGUUUUUUGUUUGGUUUGAGGAGCCGCGCCAUCCGCCGGCGAUAUUGCGACGACCCGACACACGUUCAGCGGGCGAGGUGCAUUUGUCAAAGGUAUAUAGGGAUUGUCUGGCCGUGUCCAUUGCUGUUAUUGUUUGAGCGGUUCGCGACGCUUGUUUCGUGGUUUCUGUUUAUUGGCUCCCGCGGAAUUGGAUCAGUCGGCCCGCAAGGUUUGGCGAAAUGGCUGUGGGGAGUGUGGCGGAGACACCUACCUGCCAUAGGGCAAGUUUUGCAGGUUCUGUUGUUACUAAUGUUGCUGCCGUUUCUGAUUCGGUGCAUCAGGUUGUGUUCCGGCAGAUGGAACAAACAAUGCAGUUGUUUUGCUUCGCCAAGAUCGUAUAUUUGCGUAGGUAAGGUUUCAUAGGUAGGAAUAGAUGAUGGUAUUGACGUGGUGUAUUUCCCACUAGAAUGUCCUGACUAAAAUUGUGG